UCUUCCAGUAUAAUUGCGUACAAAACUAUGUAUAUAUAUCCUGCAACACUUUUGGCAUCCAAUGAACACAAAAAUACAUUUAAAGUGGCGACCACCGACAUUUGGCGACCAAUAUGCGGUCGCCACUUUGUUUCUCAAUAUUUUUAACACCAAUCAACUGUAGAUGACGCUAUGGUUACUAUAUCAAUUUUUGAGAUGGUCACCAAAUUGCCUCAGAAACGUUUGGAAAAGCAUAUCGCAGUGUCGAGCGGUGCCGCCAGAGGGUGUGUAUACGUAGCGCUGUAUAUUGGCUUUUACCAUACCGAUGAUUUGGCGUCCCCAGCCAGCUCGAAAUUUCGCUUGUGAACAACGUGACGUUGCCGACUAUUCACUUCCGAUUCAAAUUUCAAACUCUGUACUUAUUGUAACGUGCGUGUCGUGGGUGUAAGUACUGCGCACUAUUUCACCGGCCGGCAUCACAUCACGUUUUAUGCACGUUUUGUAUAAUUUCACAAUUAUUACAGUGCACGUUUUAUUGUGAAUUUCAAGUGAGAUUGAUUUUAAAAAAAUUGUGCAGACAAGACAAGUAAAAAAUACUAACAGUAAAACUAAGAAAAUAUCAGUAUGACCAGAAAGCGUCAAGUGGUAACAAGAACUCGCCGAUCAAAGAGAAAUUUACUCGGUAGCGGCUCGGAGACUAAUUUUGAAGACUCGUCUGAGGCUGCGUCGUACCAAGAUUCAUCUGAGUCCUACAGACCAUCGUCUGAAACUGAAGAAGAUAAUUGCUCUUUAGAGUCACAAAGAGUACAGGUGGCAACAGAAAUUUCUGACGAAAAUAAUGUUGACAACAGCGCGAAUUUCACAUUGAAUUCCGAUAUAAGUACAUACUUCAGACAUUCACAAAUAUUAAAUACACUAUCUAAUUCAAAAUGUGAUACGCCUACGUCUACCCAUGAGGAUGAGUACUGUUUUUUUUGUAAUAAAAAAGUUCAGGAUUUUUUAAAUCAUUAUAGUGCAGUUCAUGAAUACAACUUUCAGCAUGCAAUUGAAACACCAAAUAAUAAUCUUAAUGCAACUCCCAAUUUAGCCAGUUUUAAUAAUAGUUCAGUUUUGUCAAAAGAAAUAAGUAACAUACUACCACCGCAUGAUUCACUCACGGAUACACCCACAAACACCAAUGACGACCAAAAAAAUUUAAAUAAAUUACAAAAAACCACAAACACACAGAAAGAAAAUAAAAAAAGGCUACGUCUUCCAGACUUCUGCUUCUAUUGUGAAAAACAAGUCCAUAAUUUUUCGAGACAUUUAAUCAGGAACCAUGCCGUCGAAUGCGAAGUUCAGAAAAUUUUGUCAAUUCCUAAAAAGAAUCCUAAAAGAAAAAAGCUACUUACUGAUUUACGAAAAAAAGGGAAUUACAUACUCAAUUCGGCCCAGUGUGUAAAACCCAUGAAAAAGACUGCCCAUUCUACAGUUGAUGAUUAUUUACCUUGCACGAAAUGUUUAGGGUUUUACUCGCGGAGACAGCUAUGGAAGCAUCGCAAAACAUGCACUGAGAAUAAUAGCGAUAACUUUUCACAAGCAGAUGCUCAAAAUUUCUUAGUACGAAACUUAAAGGUUGAUGAUAAAUUAAGGAGUUCAGUAUUUCGACGCAUGAGGGCGGAUAAAAUCUCACUGAUAGCUAAAAAAGAUCUUAUUAUUUGUGCAUUUGGUGCUCAGUAUCUCAAAACGCACAGAGAGAAGCAUUUUGUGAACGUUGUGUCACGAAAAAUGCGGGAGCUGGCUAAAUUGCUAAUCGAGGCUAAAAAAAUUAAGCCAGAAAUACAAGACUUAUUCAGUGCAUUAAAGCCAGAAUACUACGAUGUUAUGGUAACAGCUACGAAAAAUUGCGCGAAAUUUAAUGUAGAGAAAGACGUAUACGUCAGUCCCACAUUCGCAAUGAAUAUCAGUACUUCUAUAAAGCAAUGUUGUAAUAUCGGCAUUAUGGAAACUCUAAAAACUCAAAGAAGUGUUAAGAGUGCUGAAAUCGAAGCAGACUUGAAAACAUUUAUUCAACUUAUUGAAGCAAAUUGGAAAUUUGACGUUUCUUCCCAUGCAGCUGACGACUUAAAUAUGAAAAAAUGGAACAAAAUCACGAUAGUUCCCCUGGCUAGUGAUUUGAAACUGUUAAAGGAGCAUUUAACUAAAUUAGCAAAUAGUAGCACCAGUAAGUUACAGCAUACCGAUUUAAACGUUACAGCAUACAUAGAUUUAAUGGAAACCAUAUUUUGUAGAGUACUCUUGUUAAACAGACGCCGUCCUGGAGAGUUGCAGCGUCUUCUUCUCGAUACCUACAUAUCUGCAGAAGAUACACAAAGUAAAUAUGAAGAAUUUGACAGAGCUAUUACAGUGACUGAAAAAGUCUUAAUAAAUAGCUUGAAACGCGUCGUGAUUCGUGGAAAAAGAGGAAGGGGUGUUCCUGUUCUGUUUACGCCCGAUGUCCAAGAAGAUCUGAAAAUACUGAUUAAUGCGAGAGAUAAAUAUAUAGAAAAAGGAAACCCUUUUCUUUUUGCCAACCCUGGUUGCAAUACAUCAAUUUAUGGUUAUAAAGUAAUUGAUAAACAUGCUUUACUCUGCAAAGCGAAAAAUCCAAAAGCAAUAUCUUCAACGCGCUUAAGAAAGCAUUUAGCGACUUUAACACAAUUAUUUAACAUGACCGAAAACGAUUUAGAGCAGCUCGCGAACUUUAUGGGUCAUACAAGUGCAGUCCAUAAGCAAUCUUACAGGUUACCUGACGACAUCUAUCAAACGGCUAAAAUUUCCAAAUUACUUAUGUUGAUGGAAGACGGUAAAGCUGACGCGUACAAAGGCAAAAGUCUUGAUGAGAUUAAUUUAAACUUAGACGAGGAAUUGGAAGGAGAAAAUAUAGAUACGGAAGUACUUGAGUGUGCAGAAUAUAUGGAGCAGACUGUAAAUGUGAACCAGGAACCAAGUUCAUCCGGUGUAAAUCAAGAGGAUGGCACCAUAGCCACCGAAACAUUAACAUUAGGCCAAACUAACUCGAAAAUUUCAAAGAAGCGCAUUUUGGUCCCGUGGACGACAGAACAGAAAUCAGCUGUUUUAAGUUAUUUCAAAAUGCAUAUUAAGAAACGUAAGCCGCCAAAAAGAGGAGAGUGCGAAACAUUAAAAGAAUUAUAUCCAGAUUUACUGUCGAAUAAAGAUUGGCUCAAAAUUAAAGUAUUUAUUCAAAAUACUUACUCAAAGAAGUAGUUUUAAUUUCAUAGGGGUGAUAAAAUCAAUAUGGUGAUAGGGUAUUUCAUUUUUGUUACUGGGUAUUCAAUUUUUUUUUUUUUGGGUUCGAUCUAUGAAAAAUGUGUAUUCACCAGGCCUGUAGCCAACAUGUAAUUUUACAAAGGAAAACACCAGUUGAAACGUACACAAUGUAUGUGAUUGACAUUAGCGUUUCGUUGUCAAUUCAUAAAUUGUGUACUUUUUUAUAAGCGUUUUCGAUAGUGAAAUUGCAUGUUAACUAGAGGCAUUGAAUAGACUGUCUGACUGAACAGACUGAAUAGUCGUUCGGAUCGUAAAACAAGUUACAGAAUCCUAUCCAGAAUCCAGAUCUCUUGUCUGGAUUUCAGCAAACAUUGCGUAGAUCAAUAAUAUACUUAUUUAAAUAUAAGUCCUAUCAUUUUCUUUAAACACACACACACAAACACACACACCAACCUACACGUACAGACACACAAAUACACACGCUAACCUACACGUACACACACACAAACACACACGCCAACCUACACGUACACACACACCCAAACACACACGUACAUACACAUGCACACCAACGCACAUAAAUACUCUCGCAAGAUUAUUCAAAUUCUUAUACGCACCUGACCAUUAUUAUGCGUGGACAACCGAGUAGAAGAGUAAUUUAGGUUCCUAUCUCUUAUAAUAUUUGGUUUGCAUUAAUAUUAUUAUAAUUUCUGUAAUAUUAAACAAUUUUACAAUAUGAUAAUGCGUAAUAUUAUCCAGGUAUUGUGAUUGUAAUAGAAAAAUAAAUCGUAUUAUAUUUUAUAAUCUAUAGAUAUAGAACUUACUUAAUAUGAAACAACAGUACUUUUGGAUAAAUGUAUCCAAAUAGUUUCUAAAUUUGUACACUAGUGGUUUUAUAGAAAAUAAAAAAAUUUAAAUCUCUUCAUAGCUGGAUCCUCCGAAAACGAAUCUUAUUCUUGCAAAACCGUAUUUAUGAAAUAAUAUAUGAUGUGGUGCUAGAGUAAGAGUCGUCUUCAAAAGCCUUCAGACGAUGAAGAUAGAUAGAUAUAUUCAUGAAGUUUCAUGAAGAUAUAUUCAAUAUUUUCUAAAAAACAACUUGUAAGUAAUAUUAUAAUUUCAGUUUUAUUUUUAUUUGUUAAUAAUUGACUUGAUAGAAACGGUUUUCUUUUUAUUAAUUUUGUUUUGAAACUAAUUAAUUUGAUAGAAACUAUUUUUAAUUCAUCCAACCUGAAGAUUUGUUAUUAGUUUUAAAAUUACAAACAAGACACUACCUAAUGGUAUUUUAGAAUUAAUAUUUUGUUUUUUGUGAAUAUUUGAUAAUAAAUUUUUUCUAUUUCCA